AUGGCUCAGGCUGCAUAUCUCUUACCAGGAGUUCCUGUCCACCAACCCUCUCAUCUCGACGGCGAUCCUUCUCUAGCCACCGAAAUCUUGCCAGGCCCCCCUUCAAUUCUCUCCGUCCAGCAGCCUCACAAACGCGACCCCAAGAAACCAGUUUACUCGUAUCUUCAUCCAACAGACCCUGGCUCAACAUACUCUGGUAUUGUUCACGGUACUAUUGUCGCCCAGGAGGAAGCCUUGAAAGGCAAGCGCAGUGCUGUCUCAGGUCGUGCGCAACGCGCUUCUGCUCGUAACCAUAACGGGGCGGUCUCUGGCGAGGUGCCAGAACCGUCUCUACCUGUAUCAGAGCCAUACAUCAUGGUCGUCGAUGACGAUACCUCCCCAUCCCGUUCGAAUUCACUACCCGCGGUUGACGCAGGUAUUGCUGCGACAGACAAGACUCGUCUUAGGGAAAAAGGGAAAGGCAGAGAGAUUGAGCCGGCAGUCAGGGUGAAGGAGGAACCAAGGACCAUGUCUUUGCAUGCCACUCCCGACCCCCCAAAUCAACAACGAUGACCAUUGCUCUUCAUGUCGCUCACAUGGGGCACUCGUCUAUUGUGACGGCUGCCCUCGUGCCUUUCACCUCUGGUGUCUCAAUCCACCCAUGGACCAUAUUGAUGAAGGAGAUAGUCGUUGGUUCUGCCCAGCUUGUGUCAUCCGCAAGGUGCUGUCCAUAUCGCCCGACUCUUACCAUUCGCUAACGUGACGUGUCAGCAUCCUCCACGGAAACCACCUCCUGGCCUCUUUUCGCCACUCAUCAGUCAGCUUCAGGCCUCUUUUCCUACGGAGUUUCAACUGCCAGAAGACCUUCGAUCAUUUUUUAAAGACGGUGCGGUUGGAUGUUUAGCGUUUGCCCCCCUCUAAACUCAAUAGUGGGAACUGGUCCCAAGGGCAGUUAUGUUGACACUUCCGUGGUCAGGCAACCUCGACUAAAGUACGUAUCUCAUCAUCAGUAUUGUUCUUACCAACUGGUCCGGUAGCCGUUUCGGCCUCGUCGACGAUCGAGAUUCUCAAAGACUGCGUGAUAAAAAUGGGGGCCCCGUUCUCUGCUUCAAGUGUGGAACUUCCUCUCUUCCAACAGCCCUGGUACCGCCACCACCCACCAGUUCUCGGCCACAGAGAGCGGCUGCUACUGUUGCCAAUAACGAAUUGUGGAAAUCCAUCGUAUCAUGCGACUACUGUGACCUUCAUUGGCAUCUUGACUGUCUUGAUCCCCCAUUACCCACGAUGCCCCCGAUAAACAAGAAGUGGAUGUGCCCAAACCACGUUCAGAAAAUCCUUGUGCGUGACGUUUUCCUUGAAAUUAACUCGAAUGCGAACUCGUUCAUAGCUUCCCAAGCUCCGCAUUCCGAAAACCGCUGCUCCCAUCGAUAUAACGAAACCGAGGCAGUCCAACAACGGCAACAUUGAAAUCAUUCAUGCUCAACCCUCAACCAGUCGAGUCAAGAAUGUGCAGGUUGAAGAGGUCUACAUCAACGGUCGAAAGUAUAGGGUCCCUGAAAGAAUCGUGAUCCUCGAUUUCUGGAAUAAGGUUAGCAGUAAAGCUGCAACCAAGUGCGUGUCCGACGUUGGACUUGUGCCCCGCUUUCCUAACGAGAUUCAGAACGGAUGGCAAUGAGUCGCCCUCGGAGAUGUCAUCACCACUUACUUCGCUAAGUUCGCUUGAUGAAUGUGAUGACAACCCUCCAAGAACGGCCGAAGAGGAGCAAUUACGGGUAGCCCAAGUGCGUACACCAUGAACCCAAUUUUUUCUGCUCACCCUUCUUAGAUGCUUUGCAAUUUCCAGCGAGGAACAAGGCACCAUGAUUCCGAGCCUGCAAGUCAUACAGACGAUACCGUUGCCUCCACGAGUCGAUCAUCGAGACCUGACACUCUGAAGGUCUGCACUUGUCCCACUGCUCUGUGUUGCAUUUAUAAGCAGCCAAAAGCCCGCCACAUCCUCUUCUUCUUCUGGUGCUACAAAUGGUCAAAGCUUUACUCCUGCCUCUUCGGUGGACGCGGGUUCCAAGACAUCUACGGCCAAGCGGAAACAUGAUAUCAACGGCUCACAGCGACAUACUUCCUCUAGCAGUUUAGACGAUCCGUUCAGUUCCCAACCCUCUGUCCGGAUCAAGCUAGAAGAAAAAGAGCCCAAUGUGUUUUCCCAUAAGGUAACUUGUUAGUAACCUCGCGCGGCCCUUAAUGAGUUGGAAUAGGCCGCAACAAGCUCUCGUGGUCGGUCGAUACGCCGCGCGUCACACAGAGGCGGAAACCAACACGAGCCAAAGCGCGGGAAAAAGCGGAAAGAGCGCGAAGAUGAGUCUUCUGAGGAUGAUAUUGUCGAGUUGGACGAACCCAAGAAGAGUCGAACCGAGAAAGGGUCAUCGGGCAAGAAACUGUCCAGCCCCAGAAAGGUCCCUUCAACUUCAACACAAACGACACCCUCACUCAAGAUACGGUUACCACCGCUAAGUGAUGUCGCGGCACGCACAUUGCCUGCAGUAUCAAAACCGGUAGCUGAGACUAAUGCUCAUGGUUAG